UCACAUCUAGCCGGAUGUUCCCGGUAUAGUGUGGAAAGAAGGCAGCCAUGUCGCAGCUCUCAUUCCGUUGUGUCUCCCAAAUGAUUUGUUACAUAUACGAUACUUUAAGCCAUACAACCUAAAUAAAAGCGUCUUAGACUGAAACACUGGAAACGGUUUCAAAUUUAUUUUUGAAAAAAAAAAGUGUUUUUGUUUUUCCUUCCAGUUUUGUGGGAGUUAACUCGUUAUCCGGUGUUUCUUUUAUUCAAGUGACGUAAGAGAGCGACAGAAGACAGUUGUAACCACUAAACUCCCCAGCAACUCUUAACAUUUUUUUUGUAAUUCGGUUACAGUGGGGAAAAAGAAAACAAAGGAUUAUUUUUAUAACAACCUGGGACCUUCUGCUUUACAAACGUAGUUUACACUUGGUUUCUGAAACCAAGAAUAAAACGGUCCUUUAAAAAUGACUUUGUAUUGAAUCUGCCGAAGUGGAGUUGAAACUAAGUGAACUCUGUGCCUGACCGAAGAGAGAGACACUUCCGUGUUGCCGCAGCUUGGAGAGGGAUGGUGGCAGCAGGAGCUGCAGGAAGUUUAUGAACUAAGAAAGCGAUCCUUUCCAUUUGAUUACCUCUCCAAAACUUUCACAACCGGGAUACUGUUUUGUUCUUGUAAUCGAGUACACGGACAUCGUUUGGAAUGCGUUUUUCAAGCCUGUGAUUUCAAUAGUUUUUCAAACUGCCGGCUAUGGAUUAGAAUUGACUGCUUUUUGUUUUAUUUUAUUUAUUUCUGUUUGGUCACGUUGUGGAUAUACAGGACAGCGAGGAUUUAUCUGGUUGGCUCUUCAGCCGGAAUACUGGUGUUGUGUCUAUUAAUUACAUGUCAUUCUUCAUUUGAAUUACACGUAUAACCAGAUCAAUACGGUCAAUACAAAUACCCAGUUGAGCGGGCUGAAUAUUAAAUGCCGAGCUCGGAGGUGGUGCAAGAGGGUCGGGGACGGAGCCCCUCUGAGCACAAAAAGCCCCGGCAGGAGAAGAGAGUUAAAUCGCCAAGCUCCAGUGGAGGAAUAGAGCUAUUCUCUCAGGAUCAGAAACGCCGGGAGAAGAAGCGAUCUUCCUCCUCCCGAAACAAGAAGCGCGAAUACGGCAGGGAACGAGUGCAGCAGUCACUGAAUGAGCCAGGCAGCGAGCGGAGGACCGUGUUUGAGAGAGACGGAGAGCUCAGGACCCUGGUGGAGUAUGACGAUGUCAGCUCCCAGUCGGAGCGUUUCUCGGGGAGUCCCUCUCCCAAGCCUGAGCCGCAUAACCAGCGGCUUCUGUUGCAGAGUCUGAAUGAGGACGAGCCCGGCGGCGACAGGGGGGACGAGCAAGGGAGGAGAUCGAGAAAAGAGCACAGUAACCCAGGCAAGGAGCCCCGCCAACACAGUAGCCGAUCCACAGAGAGGAACAAGCUGGAAAAACAGCACAAGAAGAAGGACAGCCAUCAGAGGGAGGGGGGCCCUUCUAAACCCUGGGCCAGCACCAGUAGUAACAAACAGGCCAGAGAUGGCACCCGUAGCACUGACAGCAACGGGAAGAAAAAGCACAACUUGCCCAUCUCCGUGGACAAAAAGGAAAGGGAGGCAAAACCGCACAAAAGUAAUAAAUCAAAAGCGGAGAAGGAGGCCCCGUCUGCCUACAGGGACACCCCAAAAGCUUACAGGGACGACAGGGAAGAACCCAGGGCCUACAGAAAGAGACAGUCAGUAAGCCCAGGGCACAAGCAGGACAGCCCUUAUGUGACUUACGGCCAGGGCUAUGGGAACCAGUCCCCAGUUAUUGGUGGGUGUUACAACCAGUUUAAUGCUAGAAAGAGCCCUAGUUACAGCAAGAGACGAUCCCCCAGCCCACAUUAUGGUGGCAGAGACUCUGAGAUGUACGCUGCGUACAACAACAUUACGAAGUCGCCUAGCUCGUAUUCCAACAGAAGACAUCGGUCUCCCAGCCCUUACAGCAGACGCAGAUCCCCCAGUUAUAACCGGCACAGCCCGUAUGAACAAGGGGAAAUAACUUCGAGUCCGUACAACAGCAGGCGAAGAUCAAGAAGUCCCUACAGAAAAUCCUACAGCCCGAGCCCCGAUCUCAGAAGAGUAGGGAAGUCGAGGAGCCGCAGCCCCUACUCGGCCCGUCACUCCCGGUCCCGCAGCAGACACCGGCAUUCACGCUCACGCAGCCGCCAAUCUAGCAUCUCCCCCAGCACCCUCACCUUCAAGAGCAGCCUGGCAGCCGAACUCAGCAAACAGAAGAAGGCCAAGGCAGCUGAAGCAGCCCGCACUGUGGCCAAGAACUCCAACGCCUCCACACCUGCUAAAGGGCCUGCUGUAGCCGCCACCCCAGCUGCUGUACCCCAGCCCUCCCUGACAAACCAUGUGAAGGAGCCCAAGAAACUCUGGCUGGACAGGCCUCCCUCCCCACCGCCAGAGAAGCCUGCUAAGGCCAAGGGGCCUUCAACAGAGGGCCAGGUGGAGACUCGGUCCCCUGCCGAUUGGACUAGCAAACGAGCAGCCCCUCCUGUAGCCCCCAGAGAGAACAAAGGGAAGGAAGAGUCUUCCCAGCUGCCCAAGGAAAAGAAGAAACCCCCUGUGUCUGGCAGCCUGGGAGGCAAGGAGAAAGAGAGAACGACAGUGUUGCCCACCUCGACCCUGCCCCCUCUACCUCUGCCCCCUGUGCUACCCGAGGACGUGGAUGCUGAAAGUUCAGCAAAGUCAGCCAAGAAGAAGCCAGAGAAAAAACCUCGCCCAUUACUCAGCGACCUCCCUCUACCACCCGAACUUACAGGAGGAGCUCCUGCUUCCCCAAACAGUCCAGAGGAUAAGAAGCCAGCAGCUCAGCCAGUCAUUAAACGGAGACCAAAAGUUUGUGGGCCUCGGUUUGGUGAAAUAAAAGAGACAGAGAUCGACUGGGGAAAGCGUUGUGUGGACAAGUUUGAAAUCCUUGGAAUAACGGGAGAGGGCACUUAUGGACAAGUCUACAAAGCAAAAGACAAGGAUACAGCUGAAAUGGUGGCGCUGAAGAAAGUGCGAUUAGAUAACGAAAAGGAAGGCUUUCCUAUCACUGCUAUUCGUGAGAUCAAAAUCCUCCGGCAGCUGAACCACAAGAGCAUCAUCAAUAUGAAGGAGAUUGUGACCGACAAGGAGGAUGCACUGGACUUCAAGAAGGACAAAGGUGCUUUUUACCUCGUGUUUGAAUACAUGGACCAUGACCUAAUGGGCCUGCUGGAAUCAGGAUUAGUUCACUUUAAUGAAAGCCACAUAAAAUCAUUCAUGAGACAACUAAUGGAAGGACUGGACUACUGCCACAAGAAAAACUUUUUACACAGAGAUAUCAAGUGUUCAAACAUUUUGCUUAAUAACAGGGGGCAGAUUAAGCUUGCAGAUUUUGGUCUUGCACGACUCUACAAUUCAGAGGAAAGCCGCCCAUACACCAAUAAAGUCAUUACUCUGUGGUAUAGACCACCUGAACUGCUGCUGGGAGAGGAGAGAUACACCCCAGCGAUUGAUGUCUGGAGCUGCGGGUGUAUCCUAGGAGAACUUUUCACAAAGAAGCCUAUUUUUCAAGCAAACCAGGAACUUGCUCAGCUGGAGCUUAUUAGUCGAAUCUGUGGCAGCCCAUGUCCCGCAGUUUGGCCAGAUGUAAUAAAGCUCCCUUAUUUCAACACCAUGAAACCAAAGAAACAGUAUCGGAGACGACUAAGGGAAGAAUUUGCAUUCAUUCCUUCAACUGCAUUAGAUCUUUUUGAUCAUAUGCUUGCAUUGGAUCCUAGCAAACGUUGCACAGCUGAGCAGGCUCUUCAGAGCGAGUUCCUGAAGGAUGUGGAUCCUGUCAAAAUGCCUCCUCCUGACCUCCCUCUAUGGCAGGAUUGCCAUGAGCUCUGGAGCAAAAAACGUAGGCGUCAGAAGCAAAUGCCUGAUGAGAUGACAGCCCCCAAAGUCCCCAGAAAGGAGCUGGCUUUGGGAAUGGAUGACAGCAGGAACAAUACCCCUCAAGGCCUUCAACCUACUCAACAGAAAUCUCAGGGCAGUUCUAGUGUAGGACUAGAUAUUAAAGCCACUGGACCCCAGCUAACCCAGGAUCAACUGGCAAUUCUGCUGAACCUGCUUCAGUCCAAGAACACAGUUAGCAUGGCUCAAUUUGCCCAAGUCAUGAACAUCAAUGUGAACCCAGAGACUUUGCAGCAACUGAACAGCAUGUCCCUACCAGCUGGGAUCCUGGCCUCCACAGAGAAGCCUCAAGAGCCUCAGCCAGUGGUAACCCAGCCUCCUGUCCCCUCGGCCCCACGCACGCCUCCACAGCAAGCCCUGCCUAAGGUGGAGGGGGACGCAGCUCCCACAGCCAUUCAGAGUGCAUUCACAGUUCUACUGGCUCAGCUCCUAAAGGUUCAGCAGAUGCAGAAAAAAGACAGUGUUCCAGUAGAAGGAGAGAUUAACAGUGGAAAUGAUGUGCCCCCAGAGCCCAGGCAGCCCCCGGAGCCCAGGCAGCCCCCGGAGCCCAGCCCCUCACCUUCACCAGGUUUGGCCGAUAAUGCUGACCUGCAACAUAAUGCCACUGCUCCAGAACCUCCGUUGAUUCUGCCUCCAGACCAGCGUCCCCCAGAGCCUCCAGAACCCCCUCCCACCACAGAGGAUCUGGACUACAGAGGAACCAUGGGCUCUGCUGAUCCCCAUUCAGGAGUGAAGGCAGCCCUGAUGCAACUGAUUGCCCAGCACAGUGUACCAGAGCCAGAGUACCAGCAAGAAAGUUCCUACCAACCGGGCAGUGAGUACAGGGAGAGCUUUGGGAGUUCCUCAUUCUCCGCCAGCAGUUACACCAGUGACGACUUCAGGGGCAGCCACUUAGGGGCAGGGGAGAGAGCCAGCUUCCUGGGCGGCGGCUUACCUCCACACUCAUUGAGGGAGAUGUUUAGUAGUGGAGCUACAACUCACACUGGUGGUGUCGGCAGGCCACAUACCCCAGGCUACCCAGAGUCCUUUUCGAGCUCAGUGGGCAGCAACUAUGGCGACGGCAGCAACUACUCUGGGUGUGGAGGAGGAGGAAGUGGAGGAACCAUGCUAUUUAGUGGGGAUAAGGACCACAGAUUCGAGUACAACCACAGCCCUCUGCCAGUGCUACCAAAUAGCAGUAACCUAGAAAGUACUGGCGCUGCUAGCAUGCCAGGAAACAUCUACAGUUAUAACCAUGGGAUGAGCAGGCAAGAAAACAUGCUUCCUGGGGGUCCUGUGCAUGGGCAGAACUGGGGAUCGCCCUCACAAGGUGGUGCCUACUCGCAGGGCUAUAGGGCACACAUGAACACUUCAACAUUAAGAGGAAGGGGGCUACCAUACUGAUCAAUUCUUGAAGACUGGUAUUAAAAGGCUCUUGGGCACAUUCAAAGCUGGGAUUCUUUGUUUUUUUUUUGGGUUUUUUUUUAACACGGCUUAAUAAUUUACCAGACGUGAAAGACAAUUGUUUUGUUUUUUUAAGAGAGACAGUGAUGCAUAAGAUUUAAAAAGAAAAAAAAAUGCUCAUACCUUUUCAUAUUGUUUUUAAUCAAUUAUACUGCUGUCCUUUUUAAAAUGUUCACAUUUGAGUGUACAUUAUACUAAACCAGGUUAUAAAUUUUAUCUGUCCUUUUAGCUUUUUUUUUUUUUAAUUACUUUGGUCUUGGGCAGAUUAGUAUUAACUGCUGAACCAGGCACCAAAUUUAGGAGAGCAAGCUGGACAGCCUGUGCACAGGAUAUGAGAUUCUAUAGAUUUGGACCAAGCCUAUAAAUCGUACUGAAGGCACUGGAUGUUUUGAUCGCUUCUUUGGGAAAACUACUUUUGUACUGAAAGAUUACUGACAGUCUGUGACCCACUGUCAGUGUUGUUGUGGAUAUUACAAUUGAACUGAAAAAGCCAGGAAUCUUUAUUUAUGUAAACAGAUUUCAUAAAUUCUGUUCUAUAUGUAAACCCUCCCUCCCCUUCUCUGUCCCUUUCCUUUGUAAAAUCAAAUGCUCUGGUAAAAAUGAUCCCUGUUAAAAAAAACAAAUGCUUUUGUACCAAGACAUUUUCUGGCAAAUGUUUAUUAAAGAAAUACCAAAAUAAAUACAUAGUCUUGUUGCUUUUACAAAUCUUCAGAAACUUUAAGCCUCACAUAUUGUAAUUAUUAGGUUAAACAUCUAUAUUGAAUCUAAAAAAACAAACAAAAAACAAAUACUUCAGUAUUACAAAUACAAUAUACUUUUUUGGUUUUGUUAUUUAACUUAUUAGCACAGUUUCCCAAUGAGGUGCUUGAUUUAACUUGAUUAUCUGAAGAAUUAAAAAGAUACAGCUACAUUACAAGUCUAUUUUGUUAGGCUGUGAUGAAGAUUCCUUUUGUAUAGUUUGGUGUGAAUUGACUAUGGUAGGGCAUAUGUCAAACACAACAAACAACUUGAUUUGUAACAAACCAAUGAAAUCGAAAUCAUCAGGGAAAUGAACUUGAAAUGGGCAUACUGUACCCUACAUACUGCUUAUCAAUGCAUUAGCACUCCAUGUGGCCAGUAUUUCCUUAUUGUAACAGUCUUGUCCCUAAUAGCCUAAAUAAUAUGUUAUCUAGUGAUAAUCAUGUGGCUAUCCAUGAAACAGGAUACACUUUAAGUAUCAAAAGCCUGUUUAUUUUUCCUUUUUGGAAAUGCUACAUGCAGGUAUCUGAAUAGAGUUAACAUACAUUUUCACCGCUGUGCUCAAGCACGAAUUCACAAUUCAGUUCGGCUCUGUCAAAGCUACCAAAACAUUCAGGAUUAUCACUGGAUUAUCCUGUGAAACAACUAAAUUGGCCAAGCCUUCAUUUUUUAUUAACAAGCAGGACAUACAAACGAGAUUGCAACAUGUUAAUAAGCGACUAAUCGUUCUGUGUGAUGUGUUUCACUGAAAAUCCCUGUAAAUUAAAUCAAUUUUACUAUUAACACUCAAGGAGAGUAGAAGUUGGCGGAAAACACUGAAAAUCAGAAGCCCUAAUUAUGAUCUAGUUCUGUAUCUAUAUUCUAUUUUUCUGCUAACCAACGAAUCUUGUUUAGUAGACUAAAAAAAAAAAAAAAAAAAUCUUAAGCAACUCGCCAUAAUGUGAACCAAAUGUGCUUAUAAAGCUGCAAUGUGAAAA